CAUUUGUCCGCGACAUUUUGUCCGCAACGAUAUGUCCGCGACAUUUUGUCUUGCAACGUUUUGUCCUGCGACAUUUUGUCCAUGCGACAUUUUGUCCGCGACAUUUUGUCCGCGACAUUUUGUCUUGCGACAUUCAGUGCGGUCACCUACUAUUCAAUGAUGAUUCUGCUGGUGACAGACAAUUUAAAUUGAAAGCUUAUCUGCAAGCCGGCUUUCCAUAUAUACUAGUCGUUACAACACACAAUCAAGAUAUUACUGGACCAUUCUCAAUAACUGCUGCUGGAUCGGCUUAUGUUGAUUUUGUUUCAACAAAUAUCACCGAAGCAACUAUGAUCGCACCCAAUUUAACAGGUACAACAACAUCACUCAAUAGUGAACGAUAUCCAGGAUCAAGCAAAUACUAUCAAGCGAUUGAGAUCAUUGUUAAUAUCACAGACACUUAUACAUUAACAAGUUCAAGUACUAUGGAUACCAUUGGUUAUCCCUACAAUAGUACAUUUUAUCCAUCGGACUCCAAUGUCAACCUACUAACAUCCAAUGAUGAUUAUGAUGGUAGCAAUCAGUUUAAACUGAUAGUUUAUCUAAAUACCAGUUUUACAUAUACACUGGUCGUUACAACGUACAAUCCAGAUACUACUGAAACAUUCUCGAUCUUCGCAGCUGGUCCAAAUAGUCUUUACUUUCUAGCAAGAAACAAUAAAUGA